AUGUUUUUGCAAGGGCGACUUCUUUUUGCACAGAGUUCUGAGUUUUGCAUGUUGUGCCAAAUGGAGGCUUCACUUGAGGCCUAAAGGUGGAUAUGCAGAGUAAUAACAUGGUAAACAUGUGACAGAGAAAACUGCAAACUUAGAGGAGUUCAUGAUCCAGUAGCUUGUUGUCUUAACAUCUGAGCGUGAUUGAACACAAAUUAUAAAUUAUAUACUGAUUGCACAGGUCAAACCUAUUAAGAACUCACAGGGACAAACUUGUACAAAUUGCUUUAAACAGCCAAGAGGUUGAUGCAUCUAACCUAACCUCAGACGAUCCCUAAGUCUGCCACAGUAGCUUUACAUCAGAAAGAGUGAUAAAACGGGAAAUGUAAACAAUAUUCAAGAGAACAAACAGCUUUGUCAUAUUAUUUUAGAACUGUAAGUCAGGGCAAUGCGAUGACUCGCACAUUCACGCCCACAUGUGUCAGAUGGUCUGCCUUUUGGUCACGCUCUAGUUGGUUUGCAUAUCUAUUUUGUGACAUUUAAAUCAUAACUGCAAACAUUUUCUCUCAGUGUUUUGCAGAAGCCACAGCGGGAGACACAGAGAAGAAUGAAUAUGUUGGCACCUUUGGUUUAUGCUCUUUUGAACAUCUGUUUGUUGCCUCCAGUGUCGGCAACAGUUGUCCAAGAUUUUAAUCACGUUGAGAGGUGCAAGGACUCCCUGUAUAUGGGAACACCACCGCGGGGGAUCAUCGACACCAAACUGAAGAAGAUCUGCCAACGUUACGCAGACAAACCUCGAUAUGUGACCCUGUACGACCCCCAGAAGCGGAUUCCAGUUUACUCGGCUUAUUCCUUCAAGAAAACGGAGGGAGACAGACGUGUGGAUUACCCCUGGAUGUAUGAGCCACAGCUGGCAGAAAUUGACGGAAAUGGAAACAUGCUGCCCUUCCCCACUGGUUACCUGCACAUGAAGUUUGAGGACAGCCAGGCUGUCCUGGAUGACUACUCUGAUGUGGUCCUGUAUGAGAGAGGUCAGCUGAACCCAGACCAGCAUCAGUCCACCCCACACGACCGCGCCGCCACCUACUCUCUGACCAACGUGGUCCCAGAGAUACGGGAGUUCAACAUCGGACCAUGGCGCGACUACGAGGAGCGGAUCCGCGUCCGCCUCAACAACUUCUGCCGCGGCACGGCCUUCAUCGUGACCGGAGUGACCACCAGAGGCAACAUGAUCCGCCGAAACAACCAGGACCGCGUGGCCAUCCCUGAAGACGUGUGGUCCGCCUACUGCUGCACCGACUACGACCGCAACGCACCGCACGUCGUCCGCGUCCUCUUCCCGACCUACGCGGCCAUGGCCAAAAACGCCAAAGAGGGCAACAGCGUUCACGAGAUGCCGGUCCAAGAACUUGAGAUUCUUCUGAAAAACAGCAUGGAUGUUGACCAGAAUCUUCAGAUCUUCUACGACAACUGCAUCUCCCCCUCACCUCUUCCUCUUUACCUCCAGCAUACCAUCUGAAAGUGUGUACGUUUCUGCAACUUUGCAGGAGAUGUUUGUGCUUCUUUUCUUCUGCUGGGAAAAAAAGGAUGUUGUCUUAAUUCUCUGUAAUCUUAAUUUAAUGUCAAAAUUGGCCUGACUGUGCUUCUUAAAAUGUCUUUCUUCAGUUCAUUAUUUCUCCUCUUCCAAACAAACAUAAACAUGGCACACAUUUUACAGGAGAGCUACCAUGCAGGGAGGUUAACUCGUUUAAUAAAACAUCUUAAUUUCCUGCUCUGU